UUCUCGCCAGAGAUCGCCCUUAAGCGUACUAGUUUUGGGUAACUCGUGGUAUUAAACUCAUAUCUGAUAUUCACAGUCUGACACAGUUCAGACGUUCAGUGUUUUUGUCGAUAAUUCUCGAGCAGGGAAGGGUUUGUGUUAGGGUUAGUGCCGCCCUGUUCAUCGUUCUACCAAUUAAAAAAUAUAUAGAAACUGGGUUCCGACGUCUCUUGGCAACUUUCUGGUUCACAAUCGUGUUCAUUUUCGUGAGGUUUGUUUACUGAAUAUAGUUGAAAUAAAGAAUAAAUGAAGUCCUGUUGUCGAAAGUUCAGAUGUAUUAUAUGUGAAAUAGCGAUAGGCUUCUAACGUUUGUCCGAACACACGCCUUCGUCAUAGUAGGAUCAGAAGAUGCGCUUUCACCGGCUCUCAUGCGCUGUGAUUCCCAGCAGCCGGAUGUAGCUCGCAGUCUCCAGCAUCACAAUCCCGGAUCCCGGAGCCGAUGAUGAUGAUGAUAAUAAUAAUAUGGCGCGGAUAACCACGUAACGUUGUUUUUGUCAACAUCAGAUUCCUGACAAUUGGAGCGAAUCACCGACAGGACAUGUAAGCAGCUGAACGCCGGGAAUCGGUUUUUCCAGCUUUUCCAACAUGUUUGGAAAGAAGAAGAAGAAGCUGGAAAUAUCUGCCCCUUCUAACUUUGAGCACCGCGUUCACACAGGCUUCGAUCCGCACAAGCAGACGUUCACGGGACUGCCGCAGCAAUGGCAAAGUCUGUUAGCUGACACUGCCAACCGACCCAAACCCAUGGUGGAUCCGUCCUACAUCACACCCAUUCAACUUGCCCCCAUGAAGAUAUCUUCCAAGAAAGUCCGGUUGGCCGAGUCGCCGUUGCGAAAAACUAUCGUCCGUGGCAGCCGGCCGCCCAAAGACGCGUCCAUCAACGGUCUGCUGGAGGAGUUCGACAACAUCUCUGUGACUCGCUCCAACUCUCUGAGAAAAGAGAGUCCGCCCGGGGUCCAUCAGGCCGGCACCAACAAACUGCUGUCGGCUUCGGCGGUGAGCGCAGUCGGUCCGGAGGAGAAUGGCUUCACCCCUCACUACGGCCGUUACUCCUGCGAUCUGGACAGCAGCAAGGACUUCUCGCUGGAGCCGUACCGCGACAAAGGCGUCCACGACGGGGAGUGGGCGGUGGCACGGCACUACCGUUUCUCUCUCAAACACAACGGUCAUCCCAUCCGCAGUCCCUUCUACCCCGACGCCAUGCCACAGAAGUCUUCAGACUACGCCAAGAUGCCUCCGGACUACCACGCCUACCUGGAGAGCCGACGGGAGUACUACCGAGCGUCUCUGGGCGGAUCCAGUCAGGAUUACAGGGAGCAGGCGCUGGGAACGCCGUCUCGGGUGUCCGUCCGCAGCGAGCAGGGGAAUUAUCCCGACGGAGACUGGGCAUACGGAGCGCCUCACAGAGACGAUUAUGAAAAGAGACCCAAGUCAUCCUACGUCCGUCAGACCAGUCCCCAGCCGGCCAUUCGGCAGCGCUCCAGGUCAGGUUCUGGCCUGCAGGAGCCCGGUCUGCCGUACGGGAUGGGUGUGUUUAAAAGUGGCGCGCAGGGGCCGUACAGCUCCUACACCUACCCCAGACUCUCAGAGAACACCUCCUCUCUCAUCAUAGGAAAGGGCGAGUACGACAGAGCGACUCGUGACGGGAGUCCGCAGGCACCCGGGGUGGAGACGUGUCCUCGCGGCCCCUUCAGACUACCUCAGAGCCACGGCAAGCCCGCUUACCCGCCCGGUUUCCAGUACCCGCCGCCCUUCCACUACAAACCUUCACCUUAUCACCACCCCCCGUCACAGCCCAGCCCACCCUACACCCCGCAGGGCGCUCACUCUCAGCCCUCCUCUCCUAAUAUUCCUCCCGGGGCGUAUCCUCCGCCCAGCUGGGGCUCAUCUUCAGAGCAGCCGCCCUCUCGGGUGUCCCACGAGCAGUUCCGGGCGGCGCUGCAGCUGGUGGUGAACCCGGGCGACCCGCGGGAGUACCUGGACAACUUCCUGAAGAUCGGAGAGGGUUCCACGGGCAUCGUGUGCAUCGCCACCGAGAAGCACAGCGGCAAACAGGUGGCGGUCAAAAAGAUGGACCUGAGGAAACAGCAGCGACGAGAACUUCUCUUCAAUGAGGUGGUUAUCAUGCGUGACUAUCAUCAUGAGAAUGUGGUGGACAUGUAUAACAGUUAUCUGGUGGGUGACGAGCUCUGGGUGGUGAUGGAGUUUUUAGAGGGCGGAGCUUUGACUGACAUUGUCACUCAUACCAGGAUGAACGAGGAGCAGAUCGCUACAGUGUGUGUGUCUGUGUUGAGAGCUCUGUCAUAUCUGCACACACAGGGUGUGAUCCACAGAGACAUCAAGAGCGAUUCAAUCCUCCUGACCAGUGACGGACGGAUCAAACUCUCAGAUUUUGGCUUCUGCGCUCAAGUGUCUAAAGAUGUUCCUAAGAGAAAGUCUCUGGUGGGGACGCCGUACUGGAUGGCACCUGAAGUCAUCUCCAGAUUACCAUACGGCACUGAGGUGGACAUCUGGUCUCUGGGCAUCAUGGUGAUCGAGAUGGUUGAUGGAGAGCCGCCGUACUUCAAUGAACCUCCACUGCAGGCUAUGAGACGCAUAAGAGACAACCUUCCUCCUCGACUCAAAGAGCCACAUAAGGUGUCGUCUGUUCUUCAAGCGUUUCUGGACCUGAUGUUGGUGAGAGAGCCGUCUCAGCGCGCUUCGGCUCAAGACCUUCUGCAGCACCCCUUCCUAAAGCUGUCGGGACCCCCGUCCUGUAUCGUGCCCCUCAUGAGACAUUACAGACUCCACUGAAGUCCCAGUGACACACGUGACCGUCUCUUGACUUGAAUAGAUGUGAACUGUACAGACAGACUCUGGUGUAGAGUGAUCCCGUAGGACAGCUGCUCAAUACAUCACCUUACUAAACAUCCUCUUAGUUUUGCCCUUUUGUCUUCUCACCCUAACAACAAAAAGAUGUAUUUUAGAGCAAUUGUAAGUUUUACUUGUACAGUUUUGAUAAAGCACAGUAUUUUUGUUGUGAUGUUAACACAGUGAACUGAACAGUAUUACAUAGAAUCUGAAGGUUUCUGCAAAAAAGAACUCAAUAAAAAGUCUUUCCUACUGUUUAUAUUUCUUUUUCUUUUUUUGAUAUGGUCAUCUGUUGCAGAAACAUUAUUUGGGAAUAUAUUUAUUUAUUCUACAUUUGCAGAUGUUCCUGUAGGCGCGUUGAAGGUCGUGCCGGACGUGUUUUUAUUUCUAUUUCUCUCAUUUGUGCUCAUGUUUGGAGAGCUGUAUGGAGAGCACCGUUGGCUGUAUAUUACACCAGAGAUGCAAUAGCAAAACAAGACAUGUCACAUAAAAACAUCUUCACAUUGUAUUUUCAUGAAACCUUGAGCAAUAUUUACAUUUUGGACUCAAUAAUAGAUCACAGUAUAUGAGUGUAAACGGUCUCUGUGACGUCUCACCUGUGUCUCAGUGCUCACUGUGAUCUGUAAAUAUCAAAGUGGGUUUCUGACAUAACCUGUAGGAGCUCACCUCACGUUGCGUUUGCAAAGAGCUAUUGCAUGUCUUCUCACUAAAGCUGAAUUCAAUAAAAAACAAAAAUAUGUUUAACGUCAUGUGUUGUGUUUUCAAAU